GGCAUCUUGAUAGCAGUGCCGCAUCUCGCUGGCUAUCUCCAAUUACUCUAUGUGGUACAAUGGAUGUUUUUUGGCCUUGGCCUAUGUACCGAGGACGGAGGUCACUUUUCCUUCACGCACUGCUUAGGUCACUUCGGUUUGCUGUCCACGGUCGAGAGCCUUCACUGAAAUACGGGUCGUAAGCGGCGUCUCUACCGCACUACUGAUGCGAACGCCUGGGAUGUACUUGCUAUACCUUCUCAUCAUCAGAGUCUGCGGGCACUGGAUGCGGAUCCAGAUGACGGCACCGGGAGUACAGAUGCAAGCACUGCAGCUGAGACGCGAUGAAGUCGAGCUUCACCUGCCAAGGGACAGAGCCAGGGACCUGAGUAGACAGUUGAACCUGAGUCAAGCGAUAGGCACUUAGAGAGCGCCCUUAAAUGUCAGAAAAAGCCUGAUAAAACGUAUCGCCCGAACUUCCGGGUAGAAGAUGUUCAAGAACAUGCGCGCCGUCCAGCACACGCGUACCGUUGAAGAUCAACGUUGGAGUGGAGCUGCCUCUCGCGCGGAGAAGUCCGAGCCAGCCGAGGGAGUGACGCAGGGCGUACAGCCCGCGAACGAGGGCGCAGAAGAUAGAGAACAAAGGCCACUGCCUCCGGCUGCGUGGGGCGCGGGCCUGGCGGAUGUGCGCCGCCCUGAGGGGGCGCGGCGGGAGGCCCAUGGGGAGGAGCAGAUGGUUGCCGCGCAACAAUUGGAAGCACAGCCUCAGGUCAUUGAUAUCAAUAAAAUCACACGAGCGUGA